GAGGCAGAGGCAAGGCUCCGCCACAGAAACAGCAGCGGCUACCACGAAAAACUAAAAGAUUGUCUUUUUUCCAGCGCAUGUUUAUCGCUGCCAGCGGCUUGGCUUGUUAAUGUAAGGCCCGGCGAAGGCUGCCAGAUGCGCAGUUGUUGACUUCGUUGCGGAUUUGGCGCAGUUUUUAGGGAUAGUUUAGCGGCAAGCAGGGAGCUAAAAGGCGUUCUUCAGUGACAGACCGCGGGAAAAUGUCGUUACUUCCUGUGCAAUGAAGUCUUGGCGCGACGUUGCUUUUGUAAACACCGAGGGGAAGAAAUAACGAAAUACAAACAAAGCAGUCGAUGGUACUCCUUGCAAACAAACUGAGCGAAAAACACAUUUGGAAGAAUGGAGGACUUGUUCAGUGACGCUGUUGACGGUCACGGUCUCUUGACUCCUGUUGUCAAUGAAGACUCUGUGGAUAUCUAUGCCGGGCUGGAUGCCAGUCCAUGCAGCGUCGCAGAUAAGUCCUCGUUGCUGCUUUCUCCGCGGCUGAAGGAAUCAAUGGAUCUGUAUGAAGAAAUUGUCACAGAGGAGCGUCAGAGCAGAGAUUCGUCUUACGAUGAGUUGAAGAAGAGAUUCCAAGCAGCACAAAAUCAAAUUGAAGAGUUGCGCAGAAGACUGCAGCAGAUGGAGACACAGAACACAGGGUUGAACACAGAGAACUGCCGACUCAAAAAGAACAUCUCUGCACUUUUAAGAACUGCCAGACAGGAGGUGGUGCGAAAAGAUGAAGAGAUUCAGAGGUUGAACCAAUGGUCAGGCAGACGUCAGCCUCGUCAUCAGCCUCACAUAAAUGGUCUGUGGCCUUCAGAUUCAACCAGACAGACCGCCUCAAGUAGCCCCAUGAGUAAACCUCCUCCCCCAGCAAUCAAGCCUCCUCCCCCUCCACCAUCAACAUCUUCAGGACAGCCACCCCCCUCUUCACCACCCAGAGAGGACAAUCUUCAAAGGAGUUCCCCUCAACUCCCCCGAAAAGAAAGCAGUUGUGCCAACCUUCAACCCAGCGCUUCUUGUGUAGAGACAACAGUUUCAAGAUCCUCUGACAUUUCAAAAUGUUCCUCAAGAGGAGAGGCAUCCGUAAAACAGACUGAUCACUCUGUUCGCAAAUCCAGCGGGAGCUCAUCAUCUGGACACAGUGAGAUGGACAAACACAAACAAUCCAAGCACAGAGAGGAAAAACAUCAAAGUCCAAAACUAUCUGAAUCGACAGUUAGGAAACACAAGUCUGGCUCAGAUCGCAGCAAGGAAUGUCAUGAGAAAUGUCCUGAGAAAGACAGGUCUCACAAAACAGAAAAAGAAGCAGGCAAAAAAUAUGACUACAUGUCAUGUAAAACCAGAAACUACCCAAAUGCUGAAGUGCACCACAGAUCAGAGAGGGCUAAAAGUCCACCACCCGAGAUUUUACCUUGUGCAGCAUCAUCUAGUAGUAGUACCCAAGGAUCGUCUGAUGACACAAAAAGUAGAAGUAGAGACCGGAGGCAAGAUAAAACAAGAAUUGCAACAGUAGACUCUGUACACAGUACAGCUUCUGCUCACAACUCUAAAGAAUCAUCUAAAGACAGUUCAGAGUCAUCAAAAGACCGUGAAAUGCGGUUAAAAGGCCAUAGUAGAGAUCAUAGAAAAGUCAGGACUGGAGAUGGACACAGUAGAAAAAGUUCAGACUCAAAGGACCGGAAGCAGUCCUCUUCAGAGCAACAUGUUGAGCGAUCCAGUGAGUCGUCCAAAACAAAGAAAAGGGAUAGUCCUUCAAGGGAUCAUCGGAGGAAAGGGGAGAGAGGCUGUGAAGAUGAGAUCAGGAAAGGAGAUAAAAGGAGCUCUCUCUCAGAAAGAGGCAGAGAAAGUGAGAAAAAAAGGUCAAAAGAAAGGGACCAGGAUAAGACAGAAGUUAGAAGUAAGGUUAAAGAGAAGAAAACAGUUGAGGCCUCAAAGAGAUCUUCUGAAGAACCAAAUAUCACUGGAAAAAACGUUGUGGAAGAAAACAGUCCAAACAGGAAGCUUUGUUUCAUGGAAACACUGAAUCUCACCCUUUCACCAGUUAAGAAACCACUGCUUCUCGUAAAUGGUAGCCAACAAGAUUCCACACCAGCUGACAAGGCAUUUGAAAAUGGAGGAAAAAGUGACACUGAGCAGCCUGAUGUUGGAGUUUUUUUCGUCAUAGAUGAACUGGACAGCAGUCAGUCAGAAAUAGGAUUUGAUCAAGAUUCAGAUAAUAAAGUUGCACAGCACUCUCCAGAUUUGCCCAAAACGCCAGGUUCUGAGAUAACAGAUGAGAAAUGUGUCAGUAUAAAGGUUUGCCAGGAACAGGACAAACCCCAGAUUGAAACCACUGUGGCUGGUGAGCAACUUGAAGAUGAUUCUGUUCAAACUACCUCAGCACAUUGCCAACAGCUUACAGAUAAUCAAACAACCAAUCACUCUCCAAAAUUACCAGAGAGUAGUUUCGUUUCAGUAACAGAUAGUGUUGUUUCAAAAAACACAAGCUGCAACACAGAGCAGGGGUCAGAUGACAAAAUUAAUGAGCCUGGAGCAACAGCCUGUAUAAAUGGUUCGCCCGGAAGCAUUUCAACAUAUGACCCUUGCAAUUUUUCACAGAAAAUAAACCCUGAAAAUCAAAAUAAAGAAACUACUAUUAAUGAACCCACAGUGCUUGAUUCAAGUGUAGAAACGUCUACAACUGCAGUACCUACGAGUCUUUCUGUGGAUGCAACCAAAGAAGAUGCAGUUGCCUCACCCUCAACAGAAAGUCCUGUUGCUGAAAAUGAUACUGGAAAGGCCAAACUUGAAGGGCUGCACACCUCACCAUCCAUCCUUCCUGAGGAGAGUCAGCAGUGUCCGGUUCCUUCUGCCUCAUCAAAUUCUACCCUUGUGAAAGAGGCUUGUAACUUGCAAGAUGGUCCCAAAGAUGCAGAUGCUGUAUCUAGUACAAUAAGCCUUGAAGCUUUCCCACAAGAAGGCUUGAGUUUGCCUGAAGCAAUUGAUGUUUUAACGAAGUCGAAUGAAGACAUCAGCGACACCAAUAGCAUUGCAGCUGAGCCAAGUUCAUCAACUGGCUGUGUUGGAGUUUCUAAAGUGAGCAGCACAACAGAAGAAAUGACCCUGCCAGAGAAGUGUAAAAGCGUUCUUACUUUCACACCAAAGAAGACCUUCAGUCCCCGAAAGUGUCAUCCAGAAAAAGACGAGGGUAAAAUCGAACCUUCCAGUUCCAUGCCACUACUUCAUGAUGAGGACUCCAUGAUGCGCACACUGAGCAGCCUGAAGAGCAUCCCUGAUGCCAUAAGCCCUCUUAGGAGCCCGAUACGGCUAACCAAGAGAAGUCACCUGCAUUGCCAUGGCAAGCCAGCUCAUGUCAAAAGCCUUAGGAAAGAUUUCUCUAGCACAUCUGUCGAUGCAAGUUCAAUGAAGCUGGACGUGAACAAAGAGAACAAAUACCCAGGUUCUCCUUCAAAACACGAGUCACAAAACAUUGGAGACAAGGCAUCGGAUCCUCCCUCUAGCCUCUCUGACAGUGAACUUGAGGAAGGGGAAAUUGUCAGUGAAAGUGAGGAAGCAGCAACAACAACUUCUCCAGUGUCUUCACCCAAGAGGGCUAAAUUAUCAAGACCAGAACGAAAUCAAACAAGUUCAAAGCUGGCCUCAAGGUUUUCUAAGAAGAUAUCUGAGGAGAGGUGUGUUGCUUCAAAACAUAGGAGUGCAACAGGGUCUUUAUCGACAGGAAGUCCAUCAAAUAAAAGUCGUUUUAAAACCGUUUGCCCCACAGCAUCUGAAGUUUCUUUCUCCACCAUGGAAGAGGUGAUGGAAAUGUUAAAGACUGUUCGCUAUCAGAUCCGAAAAAAGUACAUGAAGCUUCAUAAAAACUUCCCCAAGAAGAGUUUCUAUGGCAUGAUGGACAAUUUCCAUGAGUCUUUUUUAGAGUUUGUGGAUGGUGCUCGUUUUGGACAAAUAUGCAGUGAAGUUGAAGAGCUGAAAGCCACACUGAAGAAAAAGAUUACAUCUGUGUUUAACAAAGUAUCAAAUAACGGUAUUGUGAACCGCAUCUUUGAACAGCAAGCAUUUGAUCUGAAGCAGAAAUUGUGGGACUUUGUGGAUGUUCAACUUGACUUCUUGUUCAAGGAAAUUAAUUCAACACUAAUAUGCUUUUGCAAACCAAGAAAAGAGGCAGUGGAUGGGAAACCAAGUGGAAGUGAAAAUGUAUCUAAGCAGCUCUCUGUAAGAAUUCCCUCGAAGUCGCAGUGUCAAAAGGACAAGCAGUCUGUUCAGACCAGCCAGAGGACAAUCAAGCCUUGUGCUGCUGCCCCUUGCAAAACAGGUUUAGGAAGUAGAGGCAAAGAUAUCAGAAUGAUCCACACAGAAAAAGACAGACCAGUUCCAGUUCGCCCAAUUCCACAAACUGUGGUCAAAGUCUUUUCUCCCAACAAACUGACUUCAACUCCAGAGAAGAGUAAUAAGGCUUCUUUGGUUCUCUCUCAAAGUGGCUCAUUUCAAGACAGGACUGACUUUGAAAUACUCACCGAACAGCAAGCUAGCAGUUUAACAUUUAACUUAGUGAGAGACUCUCAAAUGGGAGAAAUAUUUAAGUGUCUCCUGCAAGGAAAUGACUUACUAGACUCCAGUGCCACUGCUGGAGACAGCACUGCGUGGUCAGUCAGUACCCCAAGGAAGGAUGGUGUUCCUGGAGAAAGUUUCAUUAGCAUUACCACCCCAACUAAAUAUUCUCCAGCUAAAUUUCUUUCACCAACCAAAUUUGCUACUCCCUCCAAACUAAUCACUACAUGGUCUGGCAUUUCACCUCACAAGGGGUCCUCUCCACGUUCAGGAGUGCAGGUCCCAUUGAAUCCAGCUUUGUUUGAUGAAAGUUGCUUAUUAGAAGUGCCUUCGGAAAGCAGAACAAUGACGCAAUCCAGUGUGAUUUCUCAAAGAUCCUAUUCCAUACUAGCUGAAGAUCUGGCUGUCUCUCUUACGAUUCCAUCACCCCUCAAGUCUGACAGCACCCUCAGCUUCCUACAGCCACCUACCAUGGAUAUAACAUCCACUCCUGAGAGUGUCAUCAGUGCUCAUUUAAGUGAGGAUGCUUUACUGGAUGGAGAAGAUGCUACUGAGCAUGAUAUUCACCUUGCCCUUGACACUGACAACUCAAGCUGUGAGUCCAGCAGCAGUGCAGCCUUGGAAACAGCUGUCACACCAUUAUUUCAGUUUAAGCCACACUUGCCCAUGCAAGCAGUUGUGAUGGAGAAGUCUAAUGAUCAUUUCAUUUUGAAGAUCCGCCAGACAGCCACUGAUGCAGAUGUUACUCUCACUGCUGAUCAGAGUCUAAGUCAAACACUAACAGAAGACAACCAGCCACAUGCGGAAGAAGAUAUGCUAAUUCAGGAAAGUCCUUCAAAAGCUAUUUUGUCUGAUGAGUCGCAGAAAAUGUCGGAGCAACAGAAAACAACCAGUCCCUCAAAAACUACCUCACAUAACAGUGUGUGUGCCCACACUGAAAGCUCUGAAACACGCCAAAGCAGUCAAGUGUUGCUGUCUAAUCAGUCAGACUCAUCAAGGGAUGAAAUGGAUAUGUCAGCAUCUGACAGGAGUCUUGUAAUUGCAGAGGAAGUCAACAAAACCCCAGAGAAAGAGCAAAAGGAUUGCAAAAUGAGCAGAAAACGCAAGAAGAAACAAGAUAAAUUAAAAGUAAAACGGCCCAGAAAGGAGGAAGAAAAGCCCAAGGAAGGAAUGGUGUCAAAAAGUCCAAAAGAUAGAGAUGCAACAAGCUCAAAGAGCGAGAAAAGUCAAGCCAAAUGCAAAUCAAAAACUGUGUCCCCCAGCAGCCUCUCUGCUAAGAAUGUCAUCAGGAAAAAGGGUGAAGUGGUGGUGGCAUGGACUAGAGAUGAAGAUCGGACUAUUCUUCUUCACCUGAAAACAAAAGGUGCCUCUCGUGAAACCUUCUCUGCCUUGUCAAGCAUGCUUAACAAGUCACCAGCACAGAUUGCUGACCGAUUUGCCCAGCUUAUGAAGCUUUUCAAGAAGCAGGAGAAGAUGGACAGCUGACCCCACUGAUCAUUUGAGCAUUAUGAUUUUAUAAAGUGUUCAUGUAUCGGGCAAUUUAUAAACAUUGUCAACACAGAUAUAUAGGCUUUGAUUCACCUGACGUCAUGGAAGAAUAUCUGGAUUCCUGCUGAUUAAAAGGUCACAGGUUGAUCUCCACAGUGGCUAAUGUAUUCAGUAAGAUCCAUGUGUCGACCAGAAAGACAUUUAACUCUUGCCUGCUGUCAUUGUAAACUGAUCAGAGAUUCGGCUAAAUUGAAAUAUUUCUGUGACGGACUGCAGGUUCAAGCAAGGCUCAUGUUUCUAAGUGAAGUCGAUUGACAGAAGAAUAUAAGCGUUUGUCACUCACUUCAUCUUUUCAUACUGUUCGAUUUUGCCAACGGGCUGCAAAGUGUGUGAAUUAGACAAUUGCACACUUGUCAGGUCAAUUGAUUUUGGUGCAAUUCAAGAAUAGUGGCUCCCUUUACGCCUCUAAAAGGACAGAUGUGCAUGGAUGGUGUGAAACAUUCAGUUACUAACAGUAAUGGGUGUUGUGUUUGCCUGAAGGCAGGCAGACACACUGCAAGUGUCUGUACACCUCAUUAAGGACACAACUGUUGUGAAGGAAUUUUUUUCCCUGGAGAAUGGAUUAGCUUUUAGAGAAUGUGAAAUGUGAAUUGUGAUCAAAACUAUUAUAAUACGACUGGAUUUUAAAUACUCAUUUCAGUGUUACGUGCAAAACAGCAAACAACACAAGAGCAUAUUUAGUGUUUUCUGAUUUAACUUGGUGUACCUGAUUGUUUUGAGCAUAAUUCAAUGUAAGCUAUCUGUAUAGCCAUUGCAUAAAAUCAGUAUCAUUUAUGGGGAUUUGCUGUUUUUUUUUGUUUUGUUUUGUUUGUUUUUUUUUCCCUAAGUUGUUUUGCUAUUAACAAAACCCAGUCCAGUGCAAAAAAAUUCUAUGUUUUUCCUUCUUGGCCUUCACAAAAUGGUGCACUGCAAAAAUGUCCAUCAAUGAAAAUCACUUUGUCUUAAAAAAAAAUGUAUAUUUCUUACAUCAGUUCAAACUGGCUGAGAUAAUUCCAGGUACAACUGCAUAACAAUUUGUUUUAUUCAGUGAGCUGACAUUUUUUGACAAUGGAAAUGUCUGCCUUUUUCUGCCUUGUUUUAAGAUACUUCAGAAGAAAGGAAUACCCGUUUUUGCAGGACUGGCAGUCCUGAGCACAUUACAAAAAGGCCAUUUUAUGAGAAGUAUAUAUUUUGGAUCUUUUUUAAAGGUUGCGUGUGAAGGGGGUAUUGAAAAUGUUUACAUGUCCAAUUACUGUACAGUACAUUUAUGUGUAUAUGUUAAUAGACAUUAAACCUUUUAUCUGUGAGCCUAAAUGGCACCUUUGACUGUUUACUUGUUCCACUGAUUAUAAACACCAUGCAAUGCAAUAAUUCCACAUUGUUAAUAUUGUACAUAUUUCUUCACUGAAAAUAAAGUUUUAUUUAUUUA